AUGACAAUUUUGGAAACAAUUACAAUUUAUGUUGGAUCUUUCAUUGCAUCAUGGAUGUGUUAUCGAAUCAUCUUGAGAUGCUACAAAACUCGGAAAGAUGAUUCGAAAAUUAAAAGGCCUCCAUGUCUUCCACAUAUCCCACUGCUCGGAUCGCUGCCUUUUAUUUCCGACCCCAAAAGAUUUCACGUCUACUUUUUAAAUCAAUCCAAAAAGAUCGGAAACAUUAUUGGCUGCUACAUGGGACAAGAGUACAUGGUUGUUUUGAAUGGUCGGCAGACAAUCGAGAAAGCGUUUGUUGGUAGGGCGUUGGCAUUCUCUAGUCGCCCUACAUUCUAUCUCACCUCUCUCUACAAUCCCGGCCAAAAAGGAUUUGGUGAUCAUCCGUACAACGAAACGUUCAAAAAGUACCACAAAGCUUGCCUAAAUGUUUUUAAAAGGUUUGGAUUAGGACAGGAAAUGAUGGAAUCUAGAGUGAAAGCAGAGGUAGAACAUCUCAUUCAAAGAAUAAAACUCAGAAAAAGUCAAUCGUUCGAUCCAUCUUUAGACCUUAAAGCUACUUUUUUCAACGUGAUUAGCAGCAUUCUUUUUAACAACCGAUGGUCUGUUGAUGACUCGGAGUUUCUCUAUUUUGUUAAACUAUCAAACAUAAUUACGCGAACAUUUCCUAUGAAUAGUUUUCCUAUUUUGAGAUUUGUUCCGUACUUCAAAGGUCAACUUAAAGAGUUUGUCGAAGGCAUGAAAAAAUGGGACCAAUUAAUUGAGAAAAAAAUUCAUUCAAUUAUAAACGGUGAAAACGGUGAAACUUUCAGUAGCAAAUUUGAAGAGGAGUUGAAACUUAUUUCCGAUGAUUCGAUUAUGAGCACAAUAGUUGAUAAAGAACAACAUAAAUUUAUGAUAUUUGAUUUGAUAAUAGGGGGAACAGAAACUUCAGCAAACACGGUUCUCUGGUUUCUCUAUUUCAUGGCCAAUCACCAAGACGUGCAACAGCAGAUGAGAGAUGAGCUGGAUAGAGUCGUCGGUCUCAAGAGAUACCCAUCACUCGAAGAUAAGCCAAAGUUACUUAUAACCGAAGCUUGUACAUUAGAAGUGAUGAGAAUUAAAACACUUGCACCAACAGGCUUUCCUCGAAUGACUUUGAGGGAUGUUGAAGUUGAUGGGGUGCUCAUUCCCAAAAAUGUCACAGUCCUGGCAAAUUUGUACAGUGCCCAUAUGGAUCCUGAUGUCUGGGAUGAACCAGAAAAGUUCAACAUUGAGAGAUUCCUGAAUGAAGAUCGAACCGAAAUUGUCAACAAAAGUCAUGUGAUUCCUUUUUCCAUCGGCAAACGUUCUUGUCUUGGAGAACCACUGGCCCGCCAGGAAUUGUUUCUCGUGGUUUCCACACUCAUUCAGCAGUUUCAAAUCCUUCCACCAGAAGGACAGGACAUGGUUGUUGCCGAUGAAGUUUAUGGAUUAGUUUUAUUACCCAGUCCUUUCAACAUCAGAUUUGUUGAGAGGACUCACGAAGAAUGA